GAAUAAAUACGAAAACAAUUUCUAAUAAGUUUUAAUACUUGUUCGCAGUUGGAGAAUCAAAGGUCUAAAUGUAUCGAGGUCGCAACUGUAAAAUCUGUUUUGCAGCAGACAGUAAAUAUCAAACACUUGGGAUAAUGUAAUAUUGUAAUUGCAUAUUGUGCAAUGCAUGCACGUUGGUGUGGUUCAACGCUGUUAUUGUUUGUUUUUCAAGUGUUUGUUAUUGUCGCAUUUAGGUUAUAAUAGCUAAAGAUUAUUUCAGAAGAGGAAGUUUCUGACUCUGUAAUCUAUCUAUGAAUAAGUGUAAACUGUGUGAUGUCACAGAGCAAUUUCAAUGACUAAUGGUAUGGAGUACAUUGGAUAUACAUAACAAAGAAAUAUAAAACAUUUUAACUGCAGUCAGCACACUGAUUCACUACUUUCAUAGUAAAUGUUUUUGGUGCCAUGGAUGAUAUUCAGGUUUUAGUGCCCAAUGAUGAUAAUGAUGCUGAUGAUGAGGAUGAAGAGACAACAUCCAAUCCAGAUUUCAUUAAUACUGCAUUGAUACAAGGUAAUGAAGAAAUCAUAACGGAAGUUGAAAAUCCAAGUUUGUUAUCAUCCCUGAGAUCAAGGUUAAACAAAAAGCUAACUGUAAAUGCUGGAUCUCUGAAUGUUUUAUCUACCAAAUAUGAGAGUUUGGAUUAUGACACUUGCGAGAAUUAUUUACUGCUUGACGAGGAGAGAAAGAAAGGUUACAAGUUCAUUGUUAGGAAAAUAACCGCAAAAUGGACGAUUUUCUUGUUUAUCGGAAUGAUUACAGCGCUCAUUGCCUGUCUCAUCGAUAUUUCCAUCGAUACGCUUUGCCAAUUGAAGUACGGUUUUCUGAGCGAUUAUGUUGAUAACUAUGUGAUUAGAGGUCAACUUUACGUACCGUAUUUGUACUGGAUAGGUUUUAACAUUAUUCCUGUUUUUAUCGGGUCAGUUUUAGUUGCUUAUUGGGAGCCUGUAGCAGCUGGUAGUGGAAUACCUCAAGUCAAGUGCUACUUGAACGGAGUUAAAAUACCGCGAGUUGUUAGGAUUAAAACAUUGAUAGCCAAAGCUGUGGGCGUAGUUUGCUCUGUAGUUGGUGGAUUGGCCGGAGGAAAGGAAGGACCAAUGAUUCACGUGGGAGCUGCAGUUGCCGCAGGAAUCUCUCAAGGAAAAAGCACUACGUUCAAGAGUGAUCUUCACAUUUUCAGGUAUUUCAGGGAAGAUCAGGAGAAGCGCGAUUUCGUGUCGGGUGGCGCCGCAGCCGGAGUGUCGGCCGCUUUCGGAGCUCCAGUCGGUGGUGUAUUGUUCAGUUUGGAGGAAGGCGCCAGUUUUUGGAAUCAGAGUCUUACAUGGAGAAUAUUCUUCGCGUCUGUGGUGAGCACGUUCACGUUGAACUUUGUCCUGUCCAUGUAUUACGGCGAAUUCGGAAACCUCUUGUUUCCUGGAUUGUUCAAUCUGGGCCAUUUCGAGGAGUUUUCUUAUUCGCUUUACGAGUUACCGGUGUUCGCGCUCUUCGGAGCUUUCGGCGGACUCCUGGGUGCCUUAUGGAAUAGUAUAAAUUACAAAUUAGCAGUAUUUAGGAUUAGGUAUUUGCAAAAGCCAUGGUUGAAAGUAAUGGAGGCGUGUUUGGUAGCCACGAUGACGGCGACCGCAGGAUUCCUCAUGAUUUACCUGCUGAACGAUUGCAAACCUCUGGGUCAAGAUCCUACCAAAUUUCCUACUCAGGUGUAUUGCGGAGAUGGUCAGUACAACGUCUUGGCCAGUAUUUGGUUCCAGACGCCGGAGGCUUCGGUGAGGUCUUUGUUCCACGAUCCUCCGAAUACCCACAACGUCGCCUCCCUAUUUUACUUCGUGAUAGUAUAUUUCUUCUUGUCCUGCUGGACCUUCGGUUUGUCCACCUCCAACGGUUUAUUCAUACCUUCUUUACUCACCGGCGCAGCUUGGGGAAGGCUCCUAUCCGUUGGUUUAUUUUAUAUUUAUCCAAAUAAGGCGUUGAUCCAUCCAGGAAAGUACGCACUAAUUGGAGCUGCAGCGCAGCUUGGAGGUCUAGUGCGUAUGACAAUAAGUUUAACUGUAAUCAUCAUGGAAACCACGGAUAACAUUUCCUUCGGUCUACCAUUGAUUGUCACCUUGAUGGCAGCCAAAUGGACAGGAGAUUACUUCAACGAUGGUAUUUAUGAUAUACACAUACAACUAAGCGGUGUCCCCUUCUUGUCCUGGGACCCACCACCAUUGUCACACAACAUCUACGCGAGCGAAGUCAUGUCGCAUCCAAUUGCCAGUUUGAAGAACGUGGAAAACGUUGGUUACAUAGCGCAAUUAUUGAAAGAUACUUCUUACAAUGGUUUCCCGGUUGUCGAUCCACCUAUAUUAAAUAAUGAUGAAGUUACAAUCUACGGUAAACUCAGAGGAUUGAUAUUGAGAUCGCAGCUGAUUGUUCUCCUGCAAAACAAGAUCUUCAACGAAACCUCCGACAGUUGGUCCAACAUAAAUGCGAACAUCUUUAGGGAUGAAUACCCUAGAUAUCCAACCGUUGACAAAUUGGAUUUGAGCGAGAUGGAGAAGACGUAUUCGGUUGAUCUCAGGCCGUAUAUGAAUCCAUCUCCGUACACGGUAUUACACUCGGCUUCGCUUCCCAGAAUGUUCCGAUUGUUCAGGGCUUUAGGUUUAAGGCAUUUACCAAUAGUCAACGAUAGGAAUGAAGUAAUCGGAAUGGUGACGCGCAAGGAUUUGGCGAGAUACAGGGUUUGGAGACAUCGGGGCCAAAUGGGCGUCGAGGAAUUGUUAGUUUCCAAGGAGAUAUAAACAAUGCUUUUAUUUAGUAAAUAACAAUAUGAUGAUUUGAUGUAAAGACUGAUGAUAG